UCCAGGGCGUGUACUGUAAAUACUGACAGAAAAAAAGGCAUCUCCAAAAAGAUGAGACUCGUGGUGGCAGGAGCAGAAAACACUUGAUGAAUGAGGCAGUACCUGCUUUUACAUCUCUCUAUCCUGACAGCUGAAGAAACAGCAGUCUGAACCAGUCCAGAACAUAAGUAUGAAGUUUAUCACAGCUUUCAGUGUUGUUGGAGUUAUACUUCUCAGCAUAGCAGGUUCUCUCUGCCAGUUAGAUGUGUGUGGUCGAGCCUCUCUCAAUGUCAGGAUUGUUGGAGGAGAGGAUGCGACGGAAGGAGAAUGGCCGUGGCAAGUCAGGAUUCAUGCCCAUAAAUAUUUGUGUGGUGGGACUCUGAUCAAUAAAGACUGGGUUUUAUCUGCAGCUCACUGCUUCAAAAAUUCUAGUAAUGUCAGUGAUCCUGUGAUGUACUUAGGGCGUCUGAAACAAUCCGGCUCAAACCCUCAUGAGAUAAUCAGGACAGCGAGUCGAAUCAUCAGACAUCCUAACUAUAACAGUUCUACUUUCAACAACGACAUAGCACUGAUCCAGCUCUCCUCUUCUGUGACCUUCUCUGAUUACAUUAAGCCGGUCUGUCUGGCGGCGGCUGGCAGUGUAUUUUCUGCAGGUACAGAUAGCUGGGUCACUGGAUGGGGCAGGCUACAAUAUAAUGAUACCAAGCUUCCUGAUACACUGCAGGAGGUGAUGAUACCCAUUGUGAACAACACUGACUGUGAUAAUGCUUACGGAGGGGGCAUCACAAACAAUAUGAUUUGUGCUGGAUUGUUAAAUCAGGGAGGAAAAGGAUCAUGUCUGGGAGACUCUGGAGGUCCAAUGGUCAGUAAGAAAGACUCCCUGUGGAUUCAGUCCGGCAUUGUGAGUUUUGGAAAGAGCAAUGGAUGUGCUCAACCCGAAUAUCCCGGUGUGUACACCAGAGUCUCUCAGUACCAGAACUGGAUCGAGUCUUACAUGAGCAGCAACCCACCUGGAUUUGUUGAAUUCAAAUCUGAUGUACAGCAGUCACCUCCAACUACAACUACAACUCUAACAUUCAACUCCAACUUCAGAAGUGUGCCCAACCUCCUCUUAUUUUCCCUUUCUCUCAUGUUCUCCAUCAUUCCUUUCACCUUCUCCCUCUAUCUCUCUUCCUAAAGAUUGAUUGAACAGAAACUCUCAGAGUUUCUUUGAUGAAGUGGACAGUUGUGCUGAACAUGUCAUUUAUAUGGUCAUUUAUUCUUUAUCUUUUUAAAAAUGUAUGAUUCAUGAAAAGCUCUCUUAUUGAGAUUAUAAGAGCAUACACUAAUGAAGUUCCUGCUUCUGCACUCUGAGAUUCAGCAUGUUUUCAUAAAUAGUAGAGAUUGACCAAUAUUGAUUUUUUUUUUUUUUUUUUUUUUUUUUAAUAACAAUAAUGUCUGAUAACCAGCAUAACUGAUUUAGGGUCUGGAGCUCUGCAUUGGAUCCUGCUUGUAGAAAAUGUAAUUAUCUUUCUUUAUUUCUUUAUCUUUAUGUAAUUAUCUAAUCAUUCACCAUGUUGUAAUCACACUGUCUAAGCAGAAUAAACACAAAAGAAUGAACUGACUUUGGGAAUGAUCUCUCUCUCUCUCUCUCUCUCUCUCUCUCCAUACUGUCUUAAUGUUUUUGUGUAAACCCUGAUACUGUAUUUUCAAGAUUAUUUGAUGAAUACAAAGGUAAAAAAAAAAAAGUUUAAAAAAGGUUUGAAAGUUAAAAAAUCUUUUGUGACAUUAUAAAAGUGUUUCCUGAUGAGUGUUUCUGUCUGUCAGAAGAAUCUGGAUCAUUGGACCAUCUAGAUCAGGGGU